UGUGCGUGUGCCGAAAGCAGUGUAAAUACCACAACUCUACCUGCGGUUAAUUCAUAUCAAUCCUCGCCUACUUCAGUCAUUCUGUUCAAUAAUUAUCCAAUUUAUCAAGAAGAUAAUCAUCUCACGUGAACUCUUCAACUAACUGUCGGCGUAAAUGACUUGAAUUUGCCAUUUUUAUCGGCGAGAAACUUACAACUGUGGCGGAGCAAAAAGCGGACCAACUCGAGUUUGAUGUGGAGAGCAUGGUGACCGAGCUAGCAACGUUGGAUUGGUGAUAUGCAUGGAUGGAGGGUGAUUAUGGUGACAACCACUGGGUAAAAAACACACAUAGCUUUUGAUUUCGAAACCAUUCUUUCUUCUUCUGCGUCAUCGUUGUUGUUAAGGUCAGGAAUAAUGUGUGCUAUUCUUGAUUCUGGAUGAAAAUUAUAACUUUUCGAACUUUAUAAAGGAAACUGAUUAUUGACUGCCGACCCGAGUUCCUGAUUUAGGGCAAAUGAAAUUCGACUGUGCAAUAUUAUUUUGAUCGUGUAGUCUUCACCCAUGACAUGCCGUGCGUCAACGCCAGAAGAAUGCAGGUGAUAUUUCUCAAAAUACUGAGCUCAUCAGCGGCCAUAGUGGCUACUUUCAUGACGCUCAGUACGUUACUUAUGAUGAACCUUCUAAAUAGCAGUCCACAUCAGCAUAACUUACACAAUGAAGACUACAUCUCAACUUCAAGUCGUCGCAUCAAGACAGUUCCAAAUAGUUUCGAGGAGCAAACGCAGAAUGCAUUUGAUGCUCUCACCGUGACUGUCUGGAAUCCGAAGAGUUAUGGGAGAAGUUCCGUACCAUCGCCCUCCUGUAAACCCGGCCUGACCCUUAUGAUUAUGGUCACGUCGGCUCCAAAUCAUUACGAGAGAAGAAAGGCCAUCAGGGAGACGUGGGGAAAGGAUUGGGUUGAUCCCAACAACACUGAAUGGAGAACGGUGUUCAUGGUUGGCCGGACCACAAACCCAACCCAACAACUCUCACUGGAGAAAGAGAGCCAGGAGCACGGAGAUUUACUGAUGGGGAACUACAUUGACAGCUACAAAAACCUAACCAUUAAAGUUCAGCAUGGAAUGAGUUGGUCCUUAGAAACUUGCCAGCCGCAAUAUUUACUCAAAACGGACGACGACUGCUUUGUUAAUUCCAAGCUUUUCACAAAGUUUUUAAAUGCGCAAAAUAAAAAACGAACAAAGCUCUAUGCAGGGUAUGCUGUGAAGAACCUGAAUGUUAUCCGAGACAAACGGAGCAAAUGGUACGUCUCCCGAGAAACUUAUCAACCAUCUGAGUUUCCCGUCUAUGCCAGUGGAGCUGGUUAUGUUAUCUCACAUGAUGUCCUCCAGUCAAUGGUAACUGCAGCUAAAUUCCUCCCAGCAUUCGCAGCUGAAGAUGCCUUUACAGGUCUACUCGCAGAAUCGGCUAACGUCCCACUGUUAGACUCUGCCCGUUUUGCCUUAAACAACAUGAACUGGAGACUGUGCAACUACCUUUAUUUACUGGUCGUUCACGGCGUCACACCUGAGCAGCAGGUUCUAGGAUUCCGUUAUUCUGUGGAGUGCCACAUGAAAUGUAACAGUCAGGCGGAGGCGUCAGAUUGGAACUGAAAUCCAAAGGAAUUACUCUUUUCAAAGUUCAUGCAAGUCAGGUUUAUUGUCCCGUGUUUUCUCAGUAAAGUUUCACACAAGUCCAUUUCUUUGUUGUGGAAAUUUACCUGAAGCCGUUGUAAAUGAUACUGACCAGGAAUGCCACUUUGUUGACACUCAUGAAAUUUAAUCUUUGAUCGAGUUUUGUCACUGGACUGGAUCAUGUAAAUCAGUUGCCAUUUACUGAUCCAAAAAUCAAGGCUCCGAGAUGUUUUAAAGGGCAAUUCUGGGCCUCCUUUAUAAGUUACCACACCCAAGGCUGCCACACCCAUUGAAGGUGAUGGGAUUGUUCUGAAAAUGUUACACUCGAUAUGGUUAACCUAUGAUUUGUUUGCUUUUUAUUCAAUUUAUUUGGUCGCUUUUAAAAGCAAGAGCGUCAAUCUUGUUUACAGAACAGGACUUUGUUAACCUGCAAGCUUCAGUAUUUUUUUCUAUCGAAAGAACCGAGUUGAAAUAUUCUUCUGUGAAACUUUACAAUGUUUUUGAUUGGUAUUGAUUUUUUUUUUUUUUUUUCUUUCUUUUUUUAAUCAACGCUAUUUUACGGUUUUGCUUUAAAAACCUAAACAGGCUUUUUUACAUAAAAUUAAUACUAAAACCAAUCAAAAAUAUAGGUAUCUGAUAUUCUUCCAAACUGGACUUGCAAUGAACUUUUUUAGAGUUGUUUCUCAUUAUAAAAUAUUGCUUCUACUAAUUAUAAAGUUUUUGUUUAUAAUCUUGAUUUUGUACAUAAUGCCAGGUCAAUGCAAAAUUUAAUAUGGACAGGUGACAGAUUUAUUGCAUGGAAAUCCCUAAAAAGGGUUCUGCAUAUAAAAUUAAUCUUAUUUGCAUGCUUUAAAUUAGAAAAUUAUCAAAAUGAUUCAAUGAUUUAUCUUCCUCGUUGGUUCUACUAAAGAAAACUCAAUCUGAAAUAAUUGUUACGCCCAGAUCGUAUUGAGGGUCAAACCUGCUGACUUUGACCUUUAACCCUUAACCUGUGAUCAAAGAAGACAAUGAACUUAUCUCUAAAGUGCUAAAUUUGUAAUAAUUUGUUUUUGGUUCACUGAAUAGCACUUCUUCCAAAUGUUCUGUAUUGGCAGACCAGUAUUAUAUCGCUUCUAAAGUUCAACUUUCAAUUUAAAAUAAGAGUUUGAAUUGUAACAACAUUGCGUUUUACAAUUUGACAAAUAACACUAGCAUCCACCAUGUCAGCAGCUGGUUGUGAAUGACUUGUACAAGUACCUGAAACCAACCAAAAAGUGUUGUGACAUGAAAAUAUUUUGAGUGAUGUGUUUCAAGGUUUUUUUUUUUUUUUUUUUUUUUUUUUUUGGGGGGUGGGGUUUAAGUCACCCUAAAAUUGCCUUCAAAAAUGCACAGUAAGGUUACUUAAUUAUUUUGUAAUAUUUUGAAUUGAAUUUUGGGGGGUCCGGUUAUUAAAAAAGUAAAUGCAUUUAAUCAGCUCAACUUGUUUUCGGUACAUGUAAAAACCUACAUACGUAGUCCAUUCACAUUGAGACACUUAAUAUACACUCGUAUCAGUUGGUAUCGGGUACUUUACACCGUAUUGUAUUUUAAAAAGAGGGGGCUGUGUCAUCACGAUUAAAGCAGGCCUGCGGCUGUCCAUGCGCGCCCUCCUCUUUAUAGAGAGAAUGGCCUCUGUGCAAUGACUUGGUGAGAGUUUAGAAUGCCAUGUACUUGUACAGCCACAGGCCUUCUUUGUUGAUCGUGACGACAAAGCCCUUUUAAGCGCAAUGAAACAUUUUGCUAAAUGUAGUUAUUUAACGACAAAACUACUGUUAUAUCGUUGCAUCUAUUAUGUCGUUAACAUCUAUUAUAUCGUUGCGGUACCCGCUGCAAAAACAUAGGAUUCGAACUGCCU